UAUUAAGUUAAAACUCUUUAUUAUUAGGUUUAAAAAUAGUUUGAUCUUCGUGUGGAUAUUUGUCGACGCGGCCAAAUUUUACAGUUGGACUUGUUAUUUGUAUAUUGCGUUGGGAACGUUUGUCGAACGUAACCACGCAACAUGGCGGAUGCGGCGGCAAGACAGCUUCAGUACGAGUACAAGGCGAACUCCAAUCUCGUACUCCAGGCUGAUGUUCGUCUUAUCGAAAGGAGGAGCCGGGAUGAAGCGACGGGGGAAGUCAUGUCCCUGGUCGGAAAAUUGGACGGGACUAAAAUGGGCGAUAAAUUCGAAAGGAACAAGCCAAUAAAAGCCGAAGAGAGAAAGGUGAAAAGGCAGAAGAGGGAUGAAGCCCAGUAUGAUUUUGCCAGGAUGAAAGGAUGUACGCUUCUCUCUGAAAGCGCUGAUGAUAUGGUCGGUGUUGUUUAUCGCCCGAAGACCCAAGAGACCCGGCAGACCUACGAAGUGUUGCUCAGUUUCAUCCAAGAGGCGUUGGGGGAUCAACCGAGAGACAUAUUAUGCGGUGCUGCAGACGAGGUUUUGUUCGUGUUGAAGAAUGACAGAUUAAAGGACAAAGAGAAAAAGGUCGAAACUGAAACCCUUCUCGGCAGUCUGGCCGAAGAAAGGUUCGCCCUUUUGCUCAAUCUCUGCAAGAAGAUCACGGAUUUCGGCGCUGACGAUAAGACUCAUGCCGUAGUUGAUGAAAACAUCGAUGAAGCUUACGGCAUCAACGUUCAGUUUGAGGAGAGCGAGGAAGAAGACGGUGAAGACAUGUACGGCGAAGUGAGAGAAGGCGAGGGCCUUGAUCAGACCGAAGAAGGAGAAGAUGCCAAACACAACACAGCCAUACAUGCUGAGAAUCUAAUAGGAAAUGCUGAAGAAGCAACCAAGAAGGAAAAAGUGCUUCAUCCUUUAGACAUAGAUGCCUACUGGUUACAAAGAAGACUUUCCAAAUUUUACUCAGAUGCUAUGACAUCACAAGCUAGAGCUGCUGAAGUUUUGUCCAUCCUGAAAGAAACAGCGGAUGAUAGAGAAUGUGAAAACCAACUCGUCCUACUGCUCGGAUACGAAUGUUUUGAAUUCAUAAAAGUCAUAAAAAAAUACAGGCAUACAAUUUUAUAUUGUACACUUCUAGCUUCAUCUCAAAAUGAAGCUGAAAAGACAAAAAUUCGUAACACGAUGAAUAAUUCUCCAGUCUUGGCUAAAAUCCUUAGACAACUGGAUGUCGGUAGAGCAGACGAAAAUGGAGAGAACGAAGUGACGAGAGUAUCUCGUAAAAAAGAUAUAAUUAACAUUACUUCUUCUUUAGAGAGUAGCAUUUUGGGCAAUCGAGACGUUCUGGAUUUAGAAGAUCUGGUCUUCUCUCAAGGAUCACAUUUCAUGUCCAACAAGAGGUGUCAACUUCCUGAUGGAUCGUUUAGAAAACAGAGGAAAGGAUAUGAAGAAGUACACGUACCUGCAUUAAAGCCCAAACCGUAUGAUCCUGGCGAAGAUCUUGUCCCUAUUGAAAAACUGCCGCAUUAUGUUCAGCCGAGUUUCGAAGAAUUUCGAACGCUCAACAGAAUUCAGAGUAGACUUUAUAAAGCUUGCUUAGAGAGCGAUGAAAACAUGUUGCUUUGCGCACCUACAGGUGCAGGUAAAACUAAUGUUGCCCUUUUGUGUAUGCUGAGAGAAAUUGGAAAACACAUAAAUGAAGAUGGUACUAUAAAUGUAGAUGAAUUUAAGAUAAUUUAUGUUGCCCCGAUGCGAUCUUUGGUACAAGAAAUGGUGGGCAGUUUUGGAAAACGGUUGAGCUGCUACAAUUUGACAGUGUCUGAGUUGACAGGUGAUCAUCAGUUGUCACGAGAACAAAUACAAGCGACUCAAGUAAUUGUUUGCACUCCAGAAAAAUGGGAUAUCAUUAUGCGAAAGGGAGGAGAAAAAAGUUUUACCCAGUUUGUAAAACUUGUCAUUAUUGAUGAAAUUCAUUUAUUACACGAUGAAAGAGGACCUGUUAUUGAGGCUUUGGUUGCAAGGACCAUACGUAACAUUGAAUCUACUCAGGAUGAUGUUAGAAUUGUAGGGCUUAGUGCUACUCUUCCGAAUUACCAUGAUGUUGCGACAUUCUUGAGAGUUCAGCCAAAAACAGGACUGUUCUAUUUUGACAAUAGCUACCGCCCUGUGCCCCUCGAACAACAAUACAUUGGUAUUACAGAAAAAAAAGCAUUGAAAAGAUUCCAAAUAAUGAAUGAAGUCGUAUAUGAAAAAGUGAUGGAACACGCUGGAAGGAAUCAAGUUCUGAUUUUCGUCCAUUCCCGAAAAGAGACUGGUAAAACCGCAAGGGCCAUUAGGGAUUUGUGCCUUGAUAAAGAUUCUUUAGGCCAAUUUUUAAGGGAAGGCUCCGCCUCAAUGGAAGUUCUGAGAACUGAAGCUGAGCAAGUUAAAAACACCGAAUUGAAAGAUUUGCUUCCAUAUGGAUUUGCCAUCCAUCAUGCUGGUAUGACACGUGUUGACAGGACUUUAGUAGAAGAUUUGUUCGCCGAUAGGCAUAUUCAAGUAUUGGUGUCUACCGCCACUUUAGCAUGGGGUGUAAAUUUACCAGCCCAUACUGUAAUUAUUAAAGGCACCCAGGUUUACAACGCUGAAAAAGGAAGAUGGGUCGAAUUGAGUGCUCUUGAUGUACUUCAAAUGUUAGGUAGAGCUGGUCGACCUCAGUAUGAUAGCAAGGGUGAAGGUAUUCUACUUACAAAUCACAGUGAACUUCAGUACUAUUUAUCUUUACUAAAUCAACAACUGCCUAUAGAGUCUCAACUAAUUUCCAAACUUCCUGAUAUGCUCAAUGCAGAAAUUGUUUUAGGAACAGUUCAAAAUAUGCAAGAUGCGAUCAAAUGGUUAGGCUAUACGUAUUUAUAUAUUAGAAUGUUAAGGGCACCGUCACUUUACGGUAUUUCACCAGAUAAAAUGGCUCAAGACAAAUUGUUGGAACAGCACAGAGCUGAUCUCAUUCACACGGCUGCUAUACAUUUGGAAAAAAGCGGUCUUCUAAAGUAUGAAAGAAGAAGUGGUCAUUUCCAAGUUACAGAAUUAGGAAGGAUCGCUAGUCAUUACUAUUGUACCUUUGAUACUAUAUCGACAUACAAUCAACUUCUGAAACCUACUAUUAGUGAAAUAGAGCUAUUUAGAGUGUUUUCACUAUCUGGCGAAUUUAAAAAUAUCACAGUGCGUGAAGAAGAAAAACUAGAACUCCAAAAACUCAUGGAAAGAGUUCCGAUUCCGAUAAAAGAAGGAAUGGAAGAGCCUUCAGCAAAGGUGAACGUUUUGCUUCAAGCUUACAUUUCUCAACUCAAAUUAGAAGGAUUUGCUUUGAUGUCUGACAUGGUUUAUGUCACUCAGUCUGCCGCUCGUCUUAUUCGUGCCAUCUUUGAAAUUGUCCUUUACCGUGGGUGGGCUCAGUUAGCAGAAAAAGCAUUAUCUUUGAGCAAAAUGGUUGAUAGGAGGAUGUGGCAAUCUAUGUCUCCUCUGCGCCAGUUCAAAAAGCUUCCUGAAGAAGUCCUAAAAAAGAUUGAAAAAAAGAGCAUACCUUGGGAACGGCUUUUCGAUUUAGGCCCCAAUGAAAUUGGAGAGUUAAUAAGAAUACCGAAAUUGGGGAAAACCAUUCACAGAUAUAUUCAUCAGUUUCCUAAAUUUGAACUUUCAACACACAUUCAACCUGUCACCAGAUCGACAUUGAAAGUGGAAUUGAUUAUAUCUCCAGAUUUCCAGUGGGACAAUAAACUCCAUGGAUCUUCAGAAGGUUUCUGGAUUAUGGUAGAAGAUGUUGACUCGGAAGUUAUUUUACACCAUGAAUAUUUCCUAUUAAAAUCCAAAUAUGCAAAAGAUGAGCAUGUGAUCAAGUUUUUUGUUCCCCUCUUUGAACCGGUACCGCCGCAAUAUUUUCUCCGAGUCAUUUCUGAUAGAUGGAUUGGAGCUGAAGCUCAGCUUCCAGUAUCAUUUCGCCACUUGAUUCUACCAGAAAAAAAUCCUCCAGCUACUGAACUGUUGGAUCUUCAACCUCUUCCAGUAUCGGCUCUCAGGAAUAACAGUUUUGAAGCUUUGUAUUCAGAUAAAUUUAAUCAAUUCAAUCCGAUUCAAACUCAAGUUUUUAAUGCUGUGUACAACAGUGAUGAUAAUAUAUUUGUCGGUGCACCAAAUGGCUCUGGCAAGACUGUUAUUGCUGAAUUUGCAAUAUUACGUAUGCUCAGUCAGGAUCCUGAAGCAAGAUGUUUAUAUGUCGUUGCAAAAGAAUCAUUAGCACAGAUUGUCUACUCAGAAUGGCAUCAUAAAUUAAGCCCGUUGUUUGGUAAUAAAGUUGUUUUAUUAACAGGAGAAACUGCAACGGAUUUGAAAUUAUUGUCAAAGGGGAUUGUUGUUAUUUCUUCAGCAGAAAAAUGGGAUGUUUUAUCCAGACGAUGGAAACAGAGAAAAAAUGUACAAAAUAUUCAACUUUUUAUUGUUGACGACUUACAGUUGCUUGGCAGUACGGAUGGCCCAGUCCUAGAAAUAGUAUGUUCAAGAAUGAGAUACAUAUCUUCUCAAAUAGAGAGGCCUUUGAGAAUUAUUGCUCUUUCUUCACCCUUGGUUGAUGCAAGAGAUGUAGCACAAUGGUUGGGAUGUAACAGCAACUGCACAUUUAAUUUUCAUCCUAGUGUUAGGCCGGUGCCAUUAGAACUUCACGUUCAAGGUUUUAGCAUUACUCAUAAUUCUUCAAGAUUAAUUGCUAUGAGCAAACCCGUUUAUAAUGCCAUUUUGAGGCACAGUGCUCGCAAGCCUGUUAUAAUUUUUGUUCCAUCAAGGAGACAAGCUCGUCUCACAGCAAUCGAUCUUCUAACAUACACUGCUGCUGAAGGGAACCCUUCAAAAUUUUUCCAUGCCGACCAAGAAGAUAUAGUACCAUUCUUAGAAAGGAUGUCAGACAAGGCUUUAAAAGAAACUCUUCCACAGGGUAUUGCUUACAUGCAUGAAGGACUGAGUUUAAAUGAUAGAAGACUGGUUGAACAACUUUUUGAUUCUGGUGCGAUUCAAAUUGCAGUCGUAACAAGAAGUUUAUGUUUUUCUUUAAACAUCAACGCUUACCUUGUCAUUGUAAUGGAUACUCAGUUCUACAAUGGAAGAAUCCAUGUUUAUGAAGACUACCCAAUAACGGAAGUAAUACAGAUGGUCGGUAGAGCUAAUCGACCUCUAGACGAUGAUGAUGCUAAAUGUGUUGUUCUAUGUCAAAAUUCAAAAAAAGAUUUUUUUAAGAAAUUUUUAAGUGAACCUUUACCAAUUGAAAGUCAUUUGGAUCACAAACUUCAUGACCAUUUCAAUGCUGAAAUUGUUACCAAAACUAUUGAAAAUAAACAAGAUGCCGUAGAUUAUUUGACUUGGACCUUAUUAUACAGGCGUCUCACACAAAAUCCAAACUAUUACAAUCUUCAAGGAGUAACACACAGACAUCUGUCUGAUCAUUUAUCAGAACUAGUUGAAAACACUCUGACAGAUUUAGAGCAAUCUAAGUGCAUCACUAUAGAUGAUGAUAUUGACACGAAUCCCCUUAAUCUCGGUAUGAUCGCUGCUUAUUAUUACAUAAACUAUACAACAAUUGAAUUAUUUGCCCUUUCACUAUCCAGUAAAACAAAAAUUAGAGGUUUGAUUGACAUCAUUUCUUCAGCGGCUGAAUAUGAUGAUAUUCCUGUAAGGCAAAAUGAGGAAUCAAUAUUAGAACCACUUUCAGCCAAGCUUCCUUAUAAAGUUUCAGCUGGUUCGAAGUUCAAUGAUCCUCAUGUCAAAACUAAUCUUCUGCUACAAGCACAUUUAUCGAGGCUAAAUCUAGGCCCAGAACUGCAAGGAGACACAGAACAGAUCUUAGGAAAAUCUAUCCGUCUUAUGCAAGCUUGUGUGGAUGUAUUAAGUUCAAACGGUUGGCUAGCGCCUGCUGUAGCAGCUAUGGAAUUGGCACAAAUGCUUACCCAGGCCAUGUGGAGUAAAGAGUCAUACCUUCGACAGUUACCUCAUUUCACACCAGAAAUAAUAAAAACCUGCCAGGAAAAGAAUGUGGAGACAGUUUUUGAUUUGAUGGAGCUCGAUGAUGAUGACAGAGUCAAACUAUUACAACUCACAAAUGCCCAGAUGGUAGAUGUCGCCAAAUUUUGUAACCGCUAUCCCAAUAUCGAGCUCACAUAUGAAGUUCAAAAUAAAGACAAAAUCAAAUCAGGAAAUAUUGUUAACAUCCAUGUCAGUUUAGAGCGAGAAGAUGAAGUGACAGGACCUGUGAUCGCACCGUUCUUCCCUCAUAAGAGAGAAGAAGGCUGGUGGGUUGUAAUAGGAGAUCCAAAAGCAAAUUCCUUGCUAUCCAUUAAGCGACUCACAUUGCAACAAAAGGCGAGGAUAAAAUUGGACUUUGUCGCCCCAGGGCCUGGCCACCAUUCAUAUACCCUUUAUUUCAUGAGUGAUGCUUAUUUGGGCUGUGACCAAGAGUACAAGUUCAACAUCGACGUAACUGAAUACGAUGGUUCAGGGGAAAGUGAUUCAGAUUAAAAAUUACCUUCAAGAACUUCAUCUAUUUUUCUUUUCUUUUUGUGUAGGUGUAAUUAGCAUAGGAAAGUAAUAAGUUUGUAUUCUGAUAAGAAAUCAUUUUGUACAAUUUUGUAAAUAUAAAACCUGAUUUUAAAAAGUUGUUCUUUGUACAUCUUAAAAAUAAAAUAUAAAUAAUCAGACACAUCUAACAAAAAGUAUUACCUUAUUACAUUUUGCCUUGAGUUGGACAUUAGACAUUCUGUUGUUAUUUAACAGUUCAUGCAAAGGAGCAAACUGAAAGCAAUUGCUGAACAAGAAGCUGAAGAAGGUGAAGCCAUGUAUGGCAAAAAUAUUACUGCAGAAAUGAAAAAUGUCGUCGAUAAAUAUAUCGUAGAACCUAGCUAUGUCCCAAUAAAGAAAUUAAUCGUUGGACGAGUCUCAUAUGGAGGAAUGAAU